AUGUCUGAGCCCUUGGGACAGGAGGAGUUAAGGAAUAAUAACCAGCAGGAUGGAGAGCUGGCUGAGGGUUAUGGUGAUGGUGACGCCAAUGCCAACGAUAUCAGGACAGAGGAUGGCAGGAGGACAGGUGAUACCAGCACUCUGUCCGCACUGACAACUGAAACAGUAGACCAAGACAAGGUCAUCAUCUGGGGUAUGGACUCCCAAUGCGACGACCCCGAGCUGGCUGAGUUCGAGAUGUUGGAGUGUCAGGAACUAGAGGCGUACCUGGUGGACGAUGGAGAGGAUUUUGUUGGGCUUGCAGAGCGUGAGAAACUUCAAGAUCAGCCAUCCUCAUACAGCAAAGCCACAGUAAAACAGGCAACCGAUAAAAAGAGCAAGGAAGAGCGCAAGUCUAUUACACAUGGUAACAGUGAACAGGAAUCUGAGAGUAAAGAAGUGUCCAGGACUGAGUUAAGCUCUGAAACGGAUGCCUUUGUGUCCUGUCUGUCCACCAUUUCAAGCAUGGCAACAGCUAUGGACACUGCUGGCAGGACACAAACAACCGACUCAUGGCACAUUGCCUCUGGUCCAUACUCAACCAUCUCAGAAGACCUGACACUGGCUUCCCAGACUUGCAACAUUAUUUCUGAGAGAGAAAAGUCAUCUCAAAGAGUUGAACACCAUUCCCUCCUCUCUGGAAAAAGCACAAUACAUCCGAAAAAUGUGGAUAUGAAUUUGAAUUCCUCAGUUCACUCAGAGGAUGUCAUAUCAGAAGCACAAGUGAGCAAUGGAGUUGUUCAACGUAAAGGUCACAUUGAAGAUGUCAAUGAUGAGCACAAUAAGAACAAUAACCAGAUAAAUAAAGCAGGGAAUAUUGUUUCAUUAGUGGGAGGGUGUGAUAGAAAAAGAAGCACUGAACAUAAGGCUUUACCUGUUGCAGAAGAAAGUAACACUAAAAUGGAUAAAAGCACACAAGCUGAUGAUGCCCCCGUUAUGAACUACAGCCCAUCCAAAACUGUUACAAAGGGGACUCAGUCAUCAAUUGAAUCCAAAGCCAUAAAGAAACAAGGAUCAUUUGAUAACACAUUGAAGAAACAAAACUCUUUUGACAAGAGUUUUAAAAAACAGCCUUCAUUUGAGAAUACUUUAAAGAAGCAGCUCUCUUUUGAUAACAGCUUAAAAAAGCAGGGCUCUUUUGAGAACACCAGCUCUUCAAGUCUAGAGAGGAGGAAGCCAUGGGGAAGCCCUAGUCGACCAGCAACUCCUUCCUCUCCCAGAACUACCUCCUGUUCGCCCAAGAGACGACCCCCUGGUUCUCCAGCCAAGGUACAGGGUGUCAGGGCAUUGAGCUUGGAGCGCAGCAGCUCCCCUCAGAGAUUUUUAAGUCAAUCGAUCAAACCACCAGGUAAGACAAAUUUGAGCAGCGGCAUCCCAAAACCUGUCAUGACUCAGCAGAGGGAGCCUGAAGCCAGGAAGUCUUCUCCUCCCCAGAAACCCAAAAAUGUCCGACCAAAAAUCAUCACCUACGUUCGGAAGAAUCCUCAAGCAAAAUCACAAACUACAGAUGCCCCUCUUGAAGCCUCUACACACACACUAAGACCAUCUUCUUACUGCAACCCACCAGCUCAUAAAGAUCCGAAGGCUGGUCCUCAACCCAAAGCCACACCAGUGCUAUCUUCCUCCAAUCUGCUGUUUGACAAAUAUCGGCAGGAGAUGCAUAGGUCUGGACAUUAUCCUCCAGGCAUGGCUGUGACAGGGUUGAAGCCUCCAAGCAGUGCUGGCUCUCAUAAUCUGAGUUGGAAAUCAGACAGCUCACAUGAGGAGGUGACUGAGAAAUAUCAUCAGGAGCAUGUUUCCCAAGACAGAGGUGGUGUAUACCGCUCCCCAAGAACACUUAGGCCUCAGCUGGGGUUGGGGGCGGUCACCAGGCAGCCUGUAGCGAAGACAAGAGUUCAGCAGACAGGUCAAAGAUCAGCACCAGGCCCUAACCAUCCUGCUCAGGCAGCUGGAGUGUCCACUCAAGGUUACCAGGACCCAACAGGAGAGCAAAGGAGGUCAGGUCCAGAGGCCUCCCCCAAGAGCCUCCUGGCCAAACCAGGCCAGUCUGGUCUCCGUCCUCCAGGCUUCUCCGCCCUGCCAGCUGCCCGUCUGGCUGCCUUCGGCUUCGUCCGGAGCUCGAGUGUCUCGUCUGUGUCCAGCAACCAGUCUAACGAAAGCAGUCACAGUGAUCCUUGCCGACCCUCUCAGCAUCCCAGCAGCGGCAGCGAUGACACACCUCUCCACAAAGCUACAGUGGCCCCCAGUGAAUCUUCCUACGGUCAGAACCGGCCUCAACCUCCCAACGCCCCCAGCCUCCAGCGACGCUCUCUGCCGCCGGCGCACAGCUCCCCCCUCAAGUGUGGUGUUUCAGUACCAUCUCGUGGUCACAGAGUGUAUUACUGCAAGAGGCUGCUCUUCAUGCCAGAGAAUCUGUGUGAAAUGGAGCAGCGACUCCAGCUAGUGGUCACUAUACCACACUCUUCUCGGAGAGAGGUGCAGAAGGACCCAGAGACUGCGCUGCCACCAAAGUCCUCCCCUAAAAGGUUUGCAGUGGUUUCGCCCAAGCCUCAGUCCCCUGUUCGUGGACGGACAGCAGCAGUCCAUGGUGCUGGUCGACCUGACAGGGUCCAGGAGUUGGACCAGGCUCUGAUCAAGCAGCUGCGAGAGCGCUGUGAGCAGCAGGACCUGCAGCUACAGAGCCUCCAGGCCCAAUUAAAAAAGGCCUCCCUGUGCCUGGACGUUUUCACCAUCACCACCCAGCACUUCUGUCACAAGAGUGAGAGUGCCAUUGUCAAAGAGAGGGAACUGUCCCUAGAGCUCACCAGAAUCAGGGAUGAAGUGGCUUUCAGUGUUGCACACUGGGAGCAACUGCAGCAGGAGAAGGAGGAACUGGAACAGCGUUUUGAGGCUGAGCUGCAAGGAUUGCGCGCUCAGCAGCAAAGAGAGCUGGGAGCGCUGGAGGAGCGGCUGAAGGCACAGCAUAUGGCUGAGUGCAAGAGCCUGAAGGCCCAGCAAUACGCAGAACUACAGGAUCUACGGGUCAAACAGCAGGAGCAGGUUGAGGAGAUGUUUGAGAACCAUGAGGAGUCCUUGAUGGAGAUCGAGACGGCACACAAUGACACACUGAUCACUCUGCAGGAGGAGCAUGCCAGGACUGUGAAAAAUCUGAAGAUGGCCCAUGAGCAGCAGAGGAAAUCUCUGGAGGAGGAGUUUGGAAAGAUCAGAUUGUCACUGCAGGAUCAGGUGGACACGCUGACAUUUCAGAACCACAGCCUUCGAGACCGAGCAAAGCGCUUUGAAGAAGCUCUACGAAAGAGCACAGACGAACAGAUAGUGGAUGCUUUGGCACCAUAUCAACACAUUGAGGAGGACCUGAAGAGUCUGAAAGAAGUUCUGGAGAUGAAAAAUCAACAAAUCCAUCAACAGGAACUGAAGAUUACAGAACUGGAGAAAAUACAGGCUGAAAAGAAUGUGUACCUGGAGGAAAGAGUGCAGGUGUUGCAGCAGCAGAAUGAGGACCUGAAAGCUCGAAUAGACAAGAACUUAGCUGUGUCCAGGCAACUCUCUGAGGAGAAUGCCAACUUGCAAGUAAACGUGGAGAAGGAGAGCAACGAGAAGAAACGGCUGAGCCGCACCAAUGAGGAACUGCUGUGGCGUCUUCAGACAGGCGAGCUGAGCCCUCGCAUGUCCCCCAGCUCCUCCCCCAUCCAUCGACCCUCCUCUGGACCAGGCUCACCUGCCCGCCCACACUCCUACCAUCAAUGA